AUGAGGGAGGAAGAUCAAUUCAAGACCGCUUUCGUUACACCUGAUGGUAAAUAUGAAUAUACUGUCAUGCCUUUUGGUCUAGUUAAUGCUCCAAGUACCUUUGCAAGAUAUAUGUCUGACCUGUUCCGUGAUUUAAAGUAUGUCUGUGUCUAUUUAGAUGAUAUAUUAAUUUUUUCAAGAACUAAGGAAGAACAUUGGAAACAUUUAGACAAAGUUUUGUAUAGGUUAAAGAAAGAAGAACUAAUUGUUAAAAAGAAAAAAUGUUUAUUUGCUGGAGACACUGUUGAAUUCCUAGGAUAUAUUAUAUCGCCAAAUAAAAUCUCACCACUCGUCACUAAAUGUCAAGCUAUUGACCAAUUCCCAAGCCCAAAGACAGUCAAGCAAGUUCAGAGGUUUAUAGGUAUGAUCAAUUAUUAUAAACGUUUUAUUCCAAAUUGCUCUACAGUUACACAACCUAUUCAAGAAUUCAUCCAAGAGAAGUCAAAGUGGUUAGAAAAACAAAAUACCGCUUUCAAAAGCCUCAAGAACUAUUUAAGUGACAACCCAGUACUAGUCACAUUCAAAUCAGACGGUCGGUAUAGGUUGACAACAGAUGCUUCAAAAACUGGUGUUGGUGCUGUAUUAAAAGAAGUUGAUAAAGAUAACAAGUUAUUAGGUGUAGUGGGUUAUUUCUCGAAAUCAUUACAUGGUGCACAACAAAGGUAUCCAGCUGGGGAAUUAGAGUUAUUAGGUAUUGUAGAGGCCCUAAAUCAUUUCAGGUACAUGCUACAUGGUAUACAUUUUAUUGUACGAACUGACCAUAUUAGUUUGUUAUCGGUACAAAAAAUCAAAGAACCUACUCGACUUGUUUUACGUUGGUUAGACGAACUUGCUGAAUAUGACUUUGAAUUACAAUACCUUGCCGGUCCUGACAAUGUUGUUGCAGACGCUCUAUCGCGUGCUGAAUAUACGGUAUCUGCUAUUUCAGAAGGCUUACAAAUCGACCAUACGUUAUGGUUUGAUGAUUACUUACAUGACCCACUUACUGCUGCUGUUUUAUUCUACUUAAAUGUUAUUACAUCAGAUAAGGUCCCACCACAAUUCCAAAAUGCGUUAAAGAAAUAUAGAAAAAAAUUACAAUUAUCACGAUGUAGAAGGGCAAAUUCACCAAUUUCAAAAUAA